UAAAGCUAGUUAGCAGCGGCAGCAUCGUUUGUGUUUGUGUGUCAGCACUUCCAGUCGCUCCCCGAGUCAGAGCCCAGCGUUGAAAAACCCCGAGAGUGACCGGCUGUUUUGUCUGUCAUCUCCGCUCACCAUGAAGUUCCACUACAAAGAAGAGCACCCGUUCGAGAAGAGACGGUCCGAGGGCGAGAAAAUAAGGAAGAAGUAUCCGGAUCGGGUGCCAGUAAUCGUGGAGAAAGCCCCCAAAGCCAGAAUAGGAGACUUGGACAAAAAGAAAUACCUUGUCCCCUCCGACCUGACAGUGGGCCAGUUUUACUUCCUCAUCCGAAAAAGAAUCCACUUGCGAGCCGAGGACGCGCUCUUCUUCUUCGUAAACAACGUCAUUCCACCCACCUCAGCGACCAUGGGAGCGUUGUACCAGGAGCAUCACGAAGAGGACUUUUUCCUCUACAUUGCCUACAGUGAUGAGAGUGUGUACGGGAGCAGCCAAAGGGAAAUCUGAUCCCACCCCCCCCCCCCCCACCCCCCCCUCCAACCACUACACAUCUUUCUGAGACCUCCACCGUUCAUUCAUUUAAAUAAUAAAUCCAGCUCAGCAGCCUAGAGUUCCCACAGUAAAUAUGUCAAAAGCACUUUCACCAACUACACAUCACUUCUCCUGUUCAUUUUUGUCUUUAAUAUUCAGAAGUCUGAAUUGUAUUUGGCUCCUGUUUUUUUUUUGUUUUUUUUUUCUUCUUUCUUUUCAGUAGGAAGUUUGGGUAAGCGGUCUCACGGCCAGUCGAAUCUCUAGUUUCUUAACUGAUCGUAGUUUUCUGAUCAGACAGAAUAAAUGAUGUUAGAAUAGGUUGUAAGUAUAGUUAACCCGGGGAUAAGGGAAGAAAGCCUUGAUAUGCGAGUUCAAAUCGGCACCGGUUGACAGCGAUCGGGAUUUAUCGUUUUCCAGUUUGAUUUGCAGGAAAAGAAAAAAAAAAAACACGUGUGGUUUAGGUUUUGAACGGCUUUUAGAAGUCGAGGGCAGUGAGGUGGUCUCUGACGGAGUGAAGGAUAACUGUUUUGCAGCAGUUCUUUCCCUAUAAAGAAGAAGAAAGUGGUUUGUUUUUGUUUUGUUUUUUCGGCCGGCUGAUGUAAGAAGUUGCUCAUUGCUGAUUUCUCGCGCUCGCCCUGCGUCUGAACGGAGUCGAAUAGAAUUCAGACUCAACAAUCAUCCUCUGCUUUCAGUGGUAAAGACUUGUUAUGUUGACUGCUAUAAUGAUUAUUGUUGUUAUUGUUAAUUUUAGAUGGCUUACUUUCUAAAGGUAUUGUAAAGCUGAGUGUAAUUUUCUCUUCUUUUUUUUUUUAAGUUUGUCUCCCUUUUUUU